GUCAGAAUCACAAAUGUCAACACUGUGUCAAAACUUCUUGCCGCUGUUACUGCGGUAGACUAGCACCAUUUAAUAACCUUUUAUUUUGAUUGGGACUGAUUUAUCCAAUUUUCCCCAUGAUUUGCUCAUGAUAAUAAUGGUACUUCUGCGAUCGGUAGUGUUCGGUGGUUCUUGUUAUCUGUGAGCGGACAAAAUAAACGGUCAAACUGGCGAGCGACAGCGGCGAUAGCAAGUCAAACAUGGCUUCUUCGGCGAGAUUUAUUCAAAGUCCGACGGCAUGGUGUCAGAGGAAAUUGAAUUUGAGGCCGCAGCAUAGAGGAGUGCACCUGGUUUCGGAAGAAAUUCUCCGGCAGCUGCCGGAAUUGAAUCAAUUUGCUAUCGGAUUAUGUCACAUCCAAAUUCUACACACUAGUGCUAGCCUAGCUUUGAAUGAAAGUUGGGACCCAGAUGUUCGGGAUGACAUGGAGAUGAUGUUGAAUAAGAUUGUUCCUGAAGGACUGCCCUAUAGGCAUUCUUGUGAAGGUCCUGAUGAUAUGCCCGCUCACGUCAAGGCCUGCUUCCUGGGCUCGUCGCUCUCCAUCCCCAUCACCGAAGGCAAGCUCAACCUGGGCACGUGGCAGGGCAUCUGGCUGUGCGAACACAGAGACCACGCUGGCUCGCGCAAGUUGCUCAUCACCCUCAACGGCUGUCUGCGCGACAACCAGUGCACCCCGCUGUCCCCCGUCAGUCCCAUGGCCAGCACGAGCAGCUAGGGAAAGCACUCGGGCCAUUCGCUGUCCAAGCACUGAGAAUGGCCCGAGUGAGAGGCGGGUAGCGGUCUUCGGCGGGCUCGAACCGAGGGAGGAGUAUAACGACAAUAUGUACAUACUGUACAUUGUAAUAUACUUAAUUUUGUAGGUAGGUGGGGGUAUUGUUGUUGUGGAAUAGGGUGUUUGUGUUUGGAAGAGCGUUCAAUUGGAAUCGAUGUCAAGUAGUCCUUGCCAAUGAAACAGUAGAAGUAAACGAACUGAGAGAGCUAUCCUACUAGUUUUUCCUCAUUUCUGAACAUUUGUCACUGUCAUUAUUCCUAUAAAUGAAUCUGGCAAGUCUGGCU